AUGCCUCUAUCUUUACCCAAAUUCAUCCCCAGAGAAAUCAUAGGUAAAGAAUUUAAUAAACUGUUUGGAGCCUUAUCAUGUAAUUCUGUUAGUUCGGAUGAACAUAGCUACAACAAGAAGAAGAUACAGAAAUCAUCAGAGACAGUCAUCAAUUUUGUAGACACUGGCAUCAACCAGGGAUCACUGCUCAAGUCAAUAUCAACUAAGUCAGGGAACAACACUUCAGUCAUCGGAGUGACAAAAGCCGGAGAUCUAGUUUAUUCUGAUUACGAUGAUAGGACUGUGAAUAUAGUGAAGAACAAGGAGACAGAGGAGGUGAUCAGACUACAGAACUGGAGACUUUUGGUGUCUGUAGUUUACUCCUCUGGUGACCUCCUGGUUACCAUGCUUAGUGAUGAUGAUUACCAAUCAAAAGUUGUCCCUGGAGCUGUAGUGGUGGUCAAUCUUGCCGGGAAACUGAGAUUUAGUUACACAGGACUUACUCCUGCUCCAAAAUAUAAACCAUUCAGUCCACGAGGAAUCACCACAAACAUUCAUAACCAUAUCCUUAUAUCUGAUGUCAGCAAUGAUUGUGUCCACAUCAUUGACCAGGAUGGACAGUUCAUCAGUUACAUACCCUGUGGAUUGACUAAACCCUGGGGACUGUGUACAGAUUCAAAUGACAAUCUGUUUGUUGCUCAAAGGGAAAAAGACAAGUAA